AUGCGUCUGGGAUGGUACGCCGGGGCGUCAACAGCCCUUGCUGGCGCUGUUAUCUUCUCGGCUUUUCAGCAAAGGGCCAACUUUUACUCGGCAAUGGUCUACCUAUCGCAGAGCAAUUUCUGCUUGCUGGUAUUAAUCAACUUCACACUACUUAUUUACGGAACAUUUGUAUACGGCAUUUCUCAACUGUGCUGGGGAACUCUACGAACCGCCGAAGUCGAGCAACUCACGGAACGAGCCUGGUUCGCCAUCACCGAAACAUGCUUAGCCAUGACCAUAUUCCGCGACGAGCUUGGGGCGUGGUUUCUUGUCAUGUUCACGGCUCUCGUAACAGGCAAGGUCUGGGGAUGGAUUGGGGACGGACGAGUCGAGUUUCUGGAGCAGCAGCCGCCGGCGAACCCUCGCCUCUUCCAUGCUCGUCUGACGGUUUCGCUUCUCAUGAGCUUUGUCUAUGACGUUUGGAUCCUUCGAUAUUGCAUCAAUACUGUUAUCCAAGAGGCCAGAGCUGAUAUGAUGGUUAUGUUUCUCUUCGAAUUCGCCGUUCUCGCAACUACAUCCGGGAGAUCGGGAGUCCGAUACAUACUCUCCAUCAUCGAGCAAAAGAUGAUCCAGACACAGACGCAAGCACGCCUCCUGGAGCGCAAACAAGAAGUCAGGGAACAAAGAGAUGCGAUAGUACGGCAGCGAGAGGAGGCAGCUGCCAGUGGCCAACCCGCCGAGACCGAAACACCUCUGCCUAACCCCGACGACAUUGAUGAGAUGGACAUCGAAGUGCCAGGCUGGGCAACGAAAGGCGAAUGGGUACUAUGGUUGGAUCUCUUCACCGACACGGUGAAGCUCGUGCUUUAUGUUACCUUCUUCGUCUUGUUGACGAUUUUCUAUACGUUCCCGAUACACAUCAUGCGAGACUUGCUCAUGACUGCAAGAGACUUUUUGAAACGUCUCAACUCAGUGUUACGAUACCGUCGUGCGAUUCAGGAGAUGAACAGGUACCCAGAUGCCACGCAAGCUGAGCUGGAUCAGGAAAAUACGUGCAUUAUUUGCCGAGAAGACAUGCGAGUUUGGGAUCUUAUCGCCAACCCCGGUGCUCUCGACCGUAUUCGCCCUAAAAAGCUUCCUUGUGGCCAUAUACUUCAUCUUGGCUGUCUCAAAAGCUGGCUCGAGAGGCAGCAAGUUUGCCCAACAUGCAGAAGUCCCGUUUCUCCGGAUCGAGUGCAGCCGACAACCAACCGAAACGCCAACCGCGCUCCUGCGGCACCACAGAUACCCAACAAUGGACUACAAGGCCCCCAGGUGGGAUUUGCCCAGGAGCCUCGAUUUGGCAGAUUUGCAUUGGGGCAAGGAUUACUCGACCCACCUGCUCGAGCUGGCCUGAAUGCAGACGGACCUCGUAGGCCGGCCAAUGCGGAACCUCAAGCUCUCCAGCGCCCGAACGUCCCGAAUAUACGGCCAAUGGAGGAAUUCCAUGACAUGAUGAGAAAUGAGGAGCGUCGCCGACAAGAAGCCGAAGAGCAAGUGCGCCGACGCUGGCGUCGUGCCAUGCCGCAAGAUACUGUGGACUCGCAGCCGCAGGACAACCCGUCCCAAUCACAAUCGAAUCAACCACCUUCCCAGCAGGGUACGGGAGCCACGCCUACCCUAGGUCAACCAUCUCAGACUUUCCAGCCGUCCACUGUACAGCAGGGCCAUCAUCAGACGGACCUGCAUUACGAAAGAAUGCUCUCAGCCUCACAUAUCAACUCUACACGACAAACUCUGUUGAACCAGACCUCCGCUUUGAGAUCGCACAGGCUUAGAACACUUUCAAAUAUGUACGGUCAAGCCUCUGUCUUGGUCCGUCAAGAAGCUGAGGCUCUUCGUAUUUCGAAUGAGCAGUUGCAAGUUCUUGGGCAACUUGUUGCUGAGUUCGACCGGCUGGAGGCAUCACACCAUGAAAAUGCCGACAGCCCUCUACCUGGUUCUGAAGCCCAAGCACAGGACCAGAUCCUUAGCCAGAACCUUAUGGGCUUGCGCAGUAGUAGAAGCGUUCUAUCACGUACGCAAAGUCCCGUAAUGAUGAGACAUGGCGCUACGUCAUACUCUGCAUCAAUCCCUGCUGGUAGCCCCGAGCUGCCGGAAGGUGUGGCCAUUCCUCCCGGGUGGACAUUGAUGCCGCUGCAAAGGUUGGAUAACCAGCCUCAGGCUCGUCCUGCUAGCACACAACGCUCGUCCAGAGCCUCCUCUGCUGGCCCUGCAACGUCUACGUUGGGCGAGGAGCGCUCUGUACAAGCUCAGGUGCCACAAGCUCCCACGUCGCAGCCAUCCCAUCGAACCAAUGCCCAUGUUUUGGAGCGAAUCCCUGGGACAAAUAACUUUCGUCUUGCUGGCUCAACUGGUGGAGGGCCAAGGUCCGAGUCAGCAACCGCGACUAGCGAUGCGCUGGCUGACGCCCAGGCGGGCGGGGUUGUAACACAACAGCAACUUCUGGAUCGAGUUUUCGGUCGAGGUCUAGGCAGAGAGUCUGGAUCUGGAGCGAGAGCCGAGAACUCGACACGCAGUACCACUGUCACUUCCAGCAUAACUGUACCGGUCGAAGAGCAGCCGCCAGCUGCCGCUGUCGCCUCCACUCCAGCAGCAACCCCGACGUCCGAUAUUCCCAAUUGGGGCGGAUCUUCGCAGCCCUUUGGUAGUCUAGCAAGGUCUCAGCUGACGGGGAACGGAACGGUCGUAUCGGCGAGAGAUACAGCUUCUUCGGCUGCUAGUAGUAAUGAGUCUCCAAAUGAUGGCGAUCAGUGUGGCAGCGCUGCGUCCGACUCGAAGGACGAAGACGAAGACGAAGACAAAGACGAAGACAAAGACGACGCGGAACACGCCGAAGGCGGCAAUUCUGCAGGAAAGGUCGUUACCAUGGUGGAAGUUUCCGACGAAGAGGAUGACUGA